GAAGGCCCCGACCAGCUCCAGUCCUACGUCAAGGGCAGGCACCUGCACGGGAGCCUCAGAGACGAGGAGCUUUCCAUCGGCGCGAUCCUCGACAGGCUCGCGCACAGCGGGCCCUCAGCCUUGGCGGAGGAGGCGGGCGACCACCUCGACCAGAUCCCAAGGGCCGGUGAGGGCUGCGUUGGGUCGGGCCCCGGCUGCGCCAAGGUCGCGCAGCCGAGCUGGCCUGGCGGCGACGGCUACAGGCGCGGCGAGCUCCUGCUCGCAGGUCUGACCUUCCCGACGUACGAUGACCGCGACACCAUUCGGCUGUCGCGCGGUCUACGGAAAGCGCUGCAGCUCGGUGGGGGCAAGUUGGAGGAGCGCCAGUGCAUGCUGCGCGCUGAUUCACGUGGCCGCGGGCUUCCUGGCGCAGGACUCCCUGGGGGGCGGAGCAGCGGGCCCGGAUUGGACCCCCAGCCCAGAGUCGGCGCGCUCCCUCGCCUCCAAGUUGCGCGAGGGCCUCGCGAGGGGCUGUGGGCAGAGGCUUCCGCGGCCACAAGGGCUCCCGGAGAGGCCCCCGAGAGGAUUGAUCGCGCUGAGCGCGAGGUGCGCGGGUGCAUCCGCGACGUGCCGCACCCGCGUCGCAACAAAGAUUGCCGGAGUCUGCGUACCUUCCCGUUGGAGCGGCUCGGCGACGUGGUCCUCAACUUCGUCCGAGUCGACUCGCCGGGCCGCGUCAUUUUCGAGAGGGUCUCUGGGUCUGCCGCGGGCCCGCAGGCGAAACAGCGCUGGCAGCUGAUCCACGGGAGGCGCGCGAGGAUUUUCCGAGCUGGCCCGGAGAUCGACGAGCAGACGCUGCUGGCCGACCUCACGCAGCGCGCCAACAACUGGGGCGGCAGCCCCCCGUGCGACUACGUAGCGCUCGGCUGGAAGGCGCUGCUCAACCAGGUCGCCGGCGACGUCGCGCCCAUCGACCCCCCCACAGCCAACGAGGACACCGCGCUGACCAUCGCGGGCUGGGGUCUCCAGGCCUGGAGCCGCCGCCGCUGCCGCGCGCGCGACGUCCCCGACGCGGUGACCAUGCCAGACGAGCGGCUCGUCGCGCUGGAGGUCAUGGCAGGCUCGGGCCACUGGACCCAGACCUGGAGGGCCCGCGGCCUCACAGCCCAGGAGCCUAUCGAGUGCUAUCAAGACCCGCUGGAGCGCACCGGGCCCAGGGGGGACCGCAACGCGCGGGGCAGGGGCGCGCGGCGUCGCAUCCUGCAAGACAUCGCCGAGAGCGAGGUGAACGCCAUCGGGCUCGAGUCGGUCUGCGCCAACUUUCGCCCCUGGAUACGCUGCAACGGCGGGGCCCGCGCGGCGGCGCACCCCGACGGCGUCGAGCCGCUUCUCCCCUCGGAGGAGGCGGGCAAAGACAUCGCCGAGGUCAUCGAGCGAUCCCUCGACCGCGGCAAGCUCGCGCGGGCCGAGAACCCGGCCCCCGACGGCAUCUACCCCGCCAUCUGGGGCGCCGAGCGCGGCCGACGCGAGCGCGUCUCCCUCGGGGGCCCGCUGCCGGGCACCAGCCGCCGCCACUGCUGGGCAUCGCAGGUUUGCCAUUGGACGUUCGUCGAGAUCCUCGCGCAGGGCGCCCUGGCAGGCGCGGCGCCCGCAGGCGGGCGCGCAGCCGGAGACUGCGACGGAGCUCUGGGGCCGCAGGGGCAGCUCGACGCGGCCGUCCUUGACCCGGAAAUCGACAGCAGGGAGACCCACUCCGCGGGCGCGGCGCACGAGGCGGAGGUGCGCCCGCGCGGUAAACAGCGCGAGGGGCAGGUCGACGUCGCCAUGUUCAGCUGA